CAGCUCAGCAGCAGCAGCAGCAGCAGCAUCGCACACGUGCAGAUCACCCUGCAAGCCACCUGGGACGGACCCAAACAAGCUGUGAAGAACAGCGUCGUUUUCUUCAACUGAAGGCGUCAACCUCCAAAAUACUCAGAGGAUCUGAACGCCCUUUUGGCUAAGGCAUGAACUUCAGUAGGGAUGUGGCGCGCCAGACCAGUUGUUAUACGUACGUCAUAGAGGAUGAAGAGUCAGCCCUGGCGAGUCUAAAUGCAGUGGAGUUGGCGGAGAAGGGAGACCUGGCGCUUUUGGAGAACCUGGUGAGGAAGAGCCCAGAGGUCCUCGGUGAAAAAGAUGAAUGCGGAGCCAGUCCCCUUCAUCAUGCUGCUGCGGGGGGCCACGUCGCCCUCAUUCAAUUUAUCACCUCUGUCAUAGACUCACAGGAGCUGAACAGCCGUGAUGACCAGGGCAACGUGCCCCUGCACUGGGCUGUGGAGAGAAACAAAGCAGAGAGCUGCAGGGCCCUCUUGGACCUGGGGUCCGACCCCAACAUCCUCAAUAAUGCCCUCAUGUCCCCCCUGCACCUGGCGGUCAGCUUCGGACACAACGGCCUGGUGGGGCUGCUUUUGUCCCACGGCACGACAGACUGCAACCUAGAAGGAGACCUUGGAAACACCCCACUAAUACUGGCCUGCUCCCUCAACAACUGCGAGGCUUUGAGCAUACUGAUAAAGCACGGAGCCAGGCUCUGCACGCAGAACAAGCUGGGACACUUCGCCAUGCACGCUGCUGCCUUCGCGGGAGCAAAGAAAGCCAUGGAAGUCAUUUUGAAGGCUGGAGAAGAGCAUGGCCACGCUGCGCUGUCCCACAUCAACUAUUUGGACAAGUCCAAGAGCAGCCCCCUCCAUCUGGCGGUGCGCGGCGGCAAUUUCGAGACCAUCCGUCUCUGCAUCGCCACCGGGGCCAAAAUAGACCAGCAACAGAAUGAUCGCUGCACACCACUUCAUUUGGCCUGCACCCAGGGAGCUAUUGAGGUGGUAAAACUGAUGCUGUCCACUGUGGACCAAGUAGAAGAUAUCAUCAACCUGACUGAUGGGGCUUGCCAGACCCCUCUGCACAGGGCUACAAUAUUUGACCAUGUGGAGCUGGCGGAGUACCUAAUUUCUUUGGGCUCCGACCUGAAUCGCACUGACUGUAAAGGAAACACUCCCUUGUUGUUGGCAACCAGCUGUGGAGCUUGGAAGACUGUAGCCCUGCUGCUGUCCAAAGGAGCCAAUGUGAAUGUCAGAGACAAGUGCGGCUGUAACUUUCUUCACCUGGCCAUUCUGCAACCCAAGGGUCUGAGAAAUCUCCCUGAAGAAGUGCUGCAGCUUACCAGUGUGAAGGCGUUGCUGAACUGUGAGGAUAACGAGGGCUGCACACCACUACACUAUGCCUGCAGACUGGGUAUCCAUGACUCAGUGAAAAACAUGCUGGGCCUCUCAGGGCAAGUCGGCCUUGCAUGCAAGUCCAAAGACAAGAAGUCUGCUCUUCACUUUGCUGCACAAUACGGGCGCAUCAACACCUGCCACAGGUUACUGGAGACUAUCACAGACUCCCGUCUGCUGAAUGAAGGCGAUGAGCGGGGGCUGACGCCUCUCCAUCUGGCUUCAAAAGGUGGGCACACCAAGGUGGUGCAGUUGCUGCUGCGCAAAGGAGCUCUCUUUCACAGUGAUUACAAAGGCUGGUCUUGUCUGCACCAUGCUGCUUCUGAAGGAUACACACAAACUAUGGAUAUCUUGCUCUCCGCAAAUCCCAAGUUACUGGAUAAAACUGAUGAGGAUGGGAACACUGCGCUCCAUAUUGCUGCAAGAAUGGGACACGUGGCGGCAGUCAGACUAAUGCUGGUCAGAGGGGCCGACAUCAUCCUGAACAAGAACGACACUUCAUUCCUCCACGAAGCGCUGCAGAACGGGAAAAAGGAUGUGGUCAAUGCUGUGAUUGACAGUGAAAGGUGUGAGGAGGCUUUGGGAGUGUUUCUACCCGGCUCCACCCAGCGAUGCCCCGUUCUUGAUAUGAUUGAGUUUCUGCCUGAGACAUACAAGCAUCUGCUCGACCGCUGCGUGAGGGAGUCUGACCAUGACCACAACAGCCCCGAUUACCAUAUUGAAUAUAAUUUCAGAUGGCUCCAGGCUCCCGUUUCGGCAAACUUAGGCCUGCAGGGCAAGGCUCCUCAGCCACUUGUAGCAGUCAAUGCGAUGGUGCAGUAUAACCGAAUUGAGCUCCUCAACCACCCAGUCUGCAAAAAGUAUCUGGCAAUGAAAUGGGUUGCCUACGGGAGCAAAGCUCAUGUGCUCAACAUGUUUUUGUACCUGUUAGGGCUGUUGCCUUUAACAAACCUGAUAGUGACCCUUCGACCCUCAGUGAACACCACUGAGACAGGCGAGCUCGACGUUAUCAUGGUCCCCAUUUCAUUCACAAAGCAAAGCGUCUUCUUGUCAAUCUGCAUGGUGAUGGUCUUGAUCACAAACAUCUAUUCGAUCGGAAAAGAACUGGUUCAGAUAUCGCAGCAGCGCUGGAGUUACUUCAGAGACGGCUCCAACCAGGUUGACUGGAUGUCAGCCGUCAGCUCUCUUCUGUUCGUCAUUCCUCUCAUGGUCAAUGCAGAAGGUUCUUGGUACUGGCAAGCAGGGGCAAUGGCAGUUUUAAACUCCUGGAUCGGGUUUCUCCUUUAUAUGCAGAGGUUUGAGGGUGUCGGCAUCUAUGUGGUGAUGUUCGGGGAGAUCAUGAGGACGUUGAUCCGUAUUGUGAUGCUGUUUGUGUACCUGAUGCUGGCGUUUAGUUUGGCGUUCCACGCGCUGAUGCUCAACCAGAAAGAGUUUAACAGCGUGCCACUCUCUGUGAUUCAAACCUUUGUGAUGAUGGUCGGCGAACUGAACUAUCAGAACAACUUCCUGGAUGCUUAUUUGAACAACGAACUUGCAUUCGGUUUCUUGACAUAUGCCAUUUUCGUGCACUUUGUUCUGCUCAUGCCGAUCCUCCUGGUGAACCUGAUGAUUGGUUUGGCAGUCGGAGACAUUGCUGAAGUUCAAAGAAAUGCUUCUCUAAAACGAAUAGCAAUGCAGAUUGAUCUCCACACAUGCCUGGAAGACAAGCUCCCUUACUGGUUUAUGAAGAGAGUGGACAAACCCUCAGUCACCAUCUACCCCAAUCGCAAAUGCUCCAGGCACUUCCUGAAACAAAUGAUCUCCGGUGAGGAGGAAAGAAGUGAAGUCUGGACUCGUCUGCAGUCCAAAUCCCCGAGCUGCACAUUUGUAGAGAAUGAGCUCCGAAAGCAGAAGGCCAGAAUGAAAGAAAUGUCAAGCAUGCUAGAGAAGCAGCAUGGCCUUCUGAAGCUCAUCAUCCAGAAGAUGGAAAUCUCUUCUGAGGGCGAGGAGUGUGACGGUCCGGCGACGCCAAGAAGCAACAUGUGGCCCAACUUGAGUCAGAGCAAAGCAAGAGGCCGCAGCACGUCCCGCUGGGUGCCGUUGAUUAAGGCUAUAGAGGCCAAACGCAAAUAAGCAGUAGAGACCUACACAGCAUGAACUUUUCUAAUUUGCACAGUGAAAUUUUUACUAUGUUAUACAAGUGUAGCUGAAGUCUGGAGGUGUAAAAUUGUGUGUGUAACUGUAAUUACUCAUACGACGAUUCAGUGCUUAAUUUCAAUAUUUAUUUUUUCCAUGUAGCCACAAGGGAUUGUUUGCGAUAAUCCGAAUUAUGUUGUCAUUUUUUUUUAUAUAAUUGUUGCCUCAUUUUGGGUUGCUACACAUUUCCCAUGUAGAAAUUCCACACAGAUUGAAAUAUCCACAAUUCUUUUUGGAAUAAAGUCUAAAUGCCACAGUUGGAAAGAAGAUAGCCAAAAAUGAAGCAAGGAAGGAAGAAAAAUGUAUGAAUGAUGGAAUGAUGGUUGGAUGAAGUAAGGAUGGAUGGUUGACGAAUGGACAUAUGGAUGGAUGAAAAGCAGAUAGAUGGAUGGACAGAUAGAUUGAUGAAUUUAUGAAAAAUGAAUCUUUGAAGGAUGGAUGGCUGAAAAAAAUGGAUGAAUGGACAGAUUGAUGAUGGAGGAUGGACAGAAGGACAAAUGGAUGGAUGGACGGACAGACAGAUGUA